CCUCUGAUAAUGCCAGAGAAGCCUACGGGAGAGGAACACAAGUGGACUGAGCAGAUCAGAAACAGAUAUAGCCGGACAAGUCAUGUCAUGCGAGAAGAAGCUGCUUCUUAUUGAUGUGGACUGUGGUACAGAUGAUGCCCAGGCUAUCAUGAUGGCAGUCGCUGCUCCCCAUGUAGAAAUUUUAGGGAUCACAUGUGUGGGAGGCAACACUGCAGUGGACAAUGUCUGCAAAAACGUCCUUCGUGUCCUUCGAGUGUGCAACCGUUCUGAUAUCCCUGUUUUUAGAGGAGCAUUCAAACCAGUCCUUGGAGAAGCAAUCCAUGCUUCCUAUUUUCAUGGUGUAGAUGGUCUAGGGGAUGUCCCUGAUCAAGAUGCUCCAGAUAUGGAACAGAUACAGAAAGAACAUGCGGUAGAUGCUCUUAACAGAAUUGUAUCAGAACACCCUGGCCAGAUCUCCUUGGUGGCUACAGGUCCACUUACCAACUUGGCUUUGGCUGUAAGGAUGGAUCCAACCUUCCCUCAGAAACUUAAAAGCUUGUACAUAAUGGGAGGGAAUAUGGAGUCCAGAGGAAAUACUACAGCUUGUGGAGAAUUCAACUUCUUAGCGGAUCCUGAAGGUGCCUACAUUGUUCUAAAUGAGUUCACAUGUUUAACGUACAUUGCUACCUGGGAACAUGCAUGUCGUCACAAACUCUCAUGGGAAUGGUAUGAGCAGUGGGUUAAUAGAAGCACAAAGAAAGCAGAUUUUAUAAAGAAGAUCUAUGCCCACAGUUUGCAAUACUCUAGAUAUAAUGAAAAGGAGGUUAAGGCUGUGGUGGCUGGACCUGGAUUUGUUUCCUGUGACUCCUAUGCUAUGGCGGCUGCCAUUGACGAGACCACAGUUACGGACUUUAUUGAGUGUGCAGUGACAGUUGAGCUCUCUGGAAAAUUUGCUCGUGGAAUGAUGGUGCUGGAUUUAAUUGGUGACCUUAAGAAAAAAAGUAAAGCUCGUGUCAUGACAGGAUGUGAUAUGGAAAAGUUUGUUGUCCUUAUGGAGUCUUCUGUCCAAUAAAAGAACAUUUUUUGUAAUAUAUAAAUAAUAAAAAGUGCAUAAUGCAAUUGAAUAUGAAUGUAUUGUUAAAGGGGAACUCCACUCAAACGUAAGCUUUUUUUUUAGAAAAAAAAGAUAAUUUCAAGCAACUUUGCAAUAUACAUCAGUUAAAAAAUAUGCACCCUUUUCAUGAUUUUUAAUGUGCUGGAUUUCAGCAUAUAAAAAUGGUAUUUAUUCAUACUUUUUGAAGAAACAGAUUACAGUAAUAGGUAUAUUAGGGAUUUCUGUGUUGUGUGGGGCUCUUUAACAAAUUUUGGUUCAGAAGCUGGAGUUUCCCUUUAAACCUGGUACAUAUUCAUCUGUUGUUAUACUUUGCUGUUUUUACAAUUGAAAUUAAAUUCAGUUUAAUACUUCAUUAUAGAACAGAUUUCUCUGGAGAAUAAAUGUAUUUUUAAACAAACAUGAUAGAUAAAAAUGUGUUUGUAUUGC